UAAGAAGAUUUUCUCAAAUCAAUAUUCACUAUUUUAGUCAAAAGUGUAAAGCAAAAUCUGUAAAACUUUCUUCUGCCACGCACACCCCAUUCUUUCCGCCAUGGCAGAAACUGUCACAAGCACAGCAGCAACAAACAGGUAUGCAGUCGUAACAGGGGCAAACAAAGGAAUAGGAUUUGAAAUCUGUAGGCAAUUAGCUUCGAAUGGAAUCACGGUUGUAUUGACAGCCAGAGAUGAGAAAAGGGGUACAGAAGCUCUGGAGAAACUCAAAGGGUCUGGACUCACUGAUCUUGUGGUGUUUCAUCAGCUUGAUGUGGCUAACCCAUCUAGUAUUGCUUCCCUUGCUGAUUUUGUCAAGACCCAGUUUGGGAAGCUUGAUAUCUUGGUGAACAAUGCUGGGAUUAGUGGGGCCGUGAUGGAUUGGGAUGCUUUCCAUGCUUCAGGGGCUGCUGCUGCUUCUGCUGCUCCAUCUAAAAUUUGGAACGAAAUAAAUUGGAAUGAGUUGAUGACUCAGACUUACGAGUGGGCGCCGGAAUGUUUGGAAACAAACUACUAUGGAGGAAAAAGGAUGAUUGAAGCAUUUCUUCCCCUCCUCCAGUUAUCCGAUUCGCCGAGGAUUGUCAAUGUUACUUCUAGCAUGGGGAAGCUAAAGUUUAUACCAAGCGAACGGGUUCAAGGAGUAUUGAAUGAUGUUGAAACCCUCACCGAAGAUACAAUACAUGAGUUACUAAACGAGUUUCUCCAAGAUUUCAAGGAGAAUUCAUUAGAAAGCAAAGGUUGGCCCGCCUUUCUCUCUGCUUAUACAGUAUCCAAAGCAGCUAUGAACGCAUACACAAGAAUUCUGGCCAAGAAGUAUCCAACUUUCCGCAUCAACUGUGUGUGCCCUGGUUAUGUCAAAACAGAUAUUAACAACAACAGUGGUUUUUUUAGCAUAGAAGAAGGUGCUGAACAUCCAGUGAGAUUAGCCCUGCUUCCUGAUGAUGGUCCCACUGGCAUCUUCUUUGUUAUAAAAGAAGUAGCUUCUUUUGUUGAGUAUUUUUGUGCCAGUAUAAACUACGGGCACAGAUGGUUUAUUAGUUUAGACAGCAGACUACAAAACAUUGGAUUGGUUCUUGUUCUACCUUUGUAUCAUUGGAAACAUGAGGCUAACAUUCCUCCGCCACAUCCCACCUUUUCCGCCAUGGUAGUCACAAGCACAGCAACAAACAGGUAUGCAGUUACAGGGGCAAAUAAAGGAAUAGGAUUUGAAAUCUGUAGGCAAUUAGCUUCAAAUGGAAUCACCGUCGAAGCUCUUGAGAAACUCAAAGGGUCUGGACUCACUGAUUUUGUGGUGUUUCAUCAACUUGAUGUGGCUAACCCAUCUAGUAUUGCUUCCCUUGCUGAUUUUGUCAAGACCCAGUUUGGGAAGCUUGGUAUUGCUGAAAUCCCAGUUCUCAGUUUUUCUUCCUUUUUAAGGUUUCUUCUUUUGUAUUUUUUUGGAGCACCUAGCCUACUUCAUAUUCAAUUGCAAAAACCCCAAGUGAUUCUCCGUGUUUUCCCCAUAUUUGGAGCUUGCUGCCGAGAGGCCUUUAGCUCAACGGUGUUAGGGGUGCAUGUAGAUGCUAGGAGAAAAGAGGUUUUCAAAAAACACGACAAAGAGAAUGAGAAUAAGACCAGACACAGAGUUUUUCUUGUUAUUAUUCAUCUGUGGCUUUAUCACUUUGGAUGCAGGAGGAGACGGUGGAACAUGUCAAACACAACAUAUGGUUUCCUGUCUACAGCCCUCUCGUAUGCAGUCGUUACAGGGGCAAACAAAGGAAUAGGAUUUGAAAUCUGUAGGCAAUUAGCUUCGAAUGGAAUCACGGUUGUAUUGACAGCCAGAGAUGAGAAAAGGGGUACAGAAGCUCUGGAGAAACUCAAAGGGUCUGGACUCACUGAUCUUGUGGUGUUUCAUCAGCUUGAUGUGGCUAACCCAUCUAGUAUUGCUUCCCUUGCUGAUUUUGUCAAGAACCAGUUUGGGAAGCUUGAUAUCUUGGUGAACAAUGCUGGGAUUAGUGGGGUCGUGAUGGAUUGGGAUGCUUUCCAUGCUUCAGGGGCUUCUACCAAUUGGAAAGAGUUGAUGACUCAGACUUACGAGUGGGCGCUGGAAUGUUUGGAAACAAACUACUAUGGAGGAAAAAGGAUGAUUGAAGCAUUUCUUCCCCUCCUCCAGUUAUCGGAUUCGCCAAGGAUUGUCAAUGUUUCUGCUAGCAUGGGAAAGCUAAAGUAUAUACCAAGCGAACGGGUUCAAGGAGUAUUGAAUGAUGUUGAAACCCUCACCGAAGAUACAAUACAUGAGUUACUAAACGAGUUUCUCCAAGAUUUCAUGGAGAAUUCAUUAGAAAGCAAAGGUUGGCCCGCCUUUCUCUCUGCUUAUAAAGUAUCCAAAGCAGCUAUGAACGCAUACACAAGAAUUCUGGCCAAGAAGUAUCCAACUUUCCGCAUCAACUGUGUAUGCCCUGGUUAUGUCAAAACAGAUAUUAACAACAACAGUGGUUUUUUUAGCGUAGAAGAAGGUGCUGAACAUCCAGUGAGAUUAGCCCUGCUUCCUGAUGAUGGUCCCACUGGCAUCUUCUUUGUUAAAAAAGAAGUAGCUUCUUUUAUUGAGCAAGAGGCAGAACAAGAGGCUAACAUUCCUCUGCCACAUCCCACCUUUUCCGCCAUGGCAGUCACAAGCACAGAAACAAACAGGUAUGCAGUUGUUACAGGGGCAAAUAAAGGAAUAGGAUUUGAAAUCUGUAGGCAAUUAGCUUCAAAUGGAAUCACUGUCGUAUUGACAGCCAGAGAUGAGAAAAGGGGUACAGAAGCUCUUGAGAAACUCAAAGGGUCUGGACUCACUGAUUUUGUGGUGUUUCAUCAGCUUGAUGUGGCUAACCCUUCUAGUAUUGCUUCCCUUGCUGAUUUUGUCAAGACCCAGUUUGGGAAGCUUGAUAUCUUGGUGAACAAUGCUGGGAUUACUGGGGCCGUGGUGAAUUGGGAUGCUUUCAAAGCUUCUGAGGCGGCAACGGCUGCUGCUGCUGCUGAUGAUGCUGGGGCUAGAGGCAAAAUCAAUUGGAAUGAGUUCAUGACUCAGACUUAUGAGUCGGCGAAAGAAUGCUUGGAAACAAACUACUAUGGAGCAAAAAGGAUGAUUGAAGCAUUUCUUCCCCUCAUCCAGUUAUCUGAUUCACCGAAGAUUGUCAAUGUUUCUUCUAGCAUGGGGAAGUUGAAGCUUAUACCAAACGAACGGGUUAAAGGAGUAUUGAAUGAUGCUGAAACCCUCACCGAAGAUACAAUAGACGAGUUACUAAACGAGUUUCUCCAAGAUUUCAUGGAGAAUUCAUUUCAAACCAAAGGCUGGCCUACCUUUCUCUCCGCUUAUACAGUAUCGAAAGCAACUAUGAACGCAUAUACAAGAAUUCUGGCCAAGAAGUAUCCAACUUUUCGCAUCAACUGUGUAUGCCCUGGUUAUGUCAAAACAGAUUUUAACGACAACGGUGGUAUUUUUAGCGUAGAAGAAGGUGCUGAACAUCCAGUGAGAUUAGCCCUGCUUCCUGAUGAUGGUCCCACCGGCGUCUUCUUUUUUCAGAAAGAAGUAUCUUCUUUUGUUUAGUAAGUAUUACUACUUCCAAUCUCUCAGAUGAGGGUGGAAGUAAAUCCUGUGUUGCACAAAAAAAGAAAACGUGUGAUAUUUAUGUAACCAAUAGUAUAAACAACUUGAGCCUUGGGGUUGGUGUGAUUAAACUGUAUCGUGAUUAGUAAUGUCAGCAUGCUUGUAAAAUAAAUAUGUUAUGAUUGUAAUGUCAUACUAUUAUGGUUUGUACAACAAAAUCUUAAAAA